UAGUUUCUCUAGAAUCUUGCAGAAAUCAAGAUGCAGAGCUUUCUUGUUUAUACUUUAGCCGUGUUGUUCCUUGUUUCUGGAAGCAUCGGAAGAAAAGGAUUCGGUCCUGGGGAACAAGAAUGGGGCUACGUUCAAGUACGCCCCUAUGCGAAUAUGUUUUGGUGGCUUUAUUAUACUACGGCAAAUGUGAAUUCAUACUACGAUAGGCCAUUAGUCAUUUGGUUACAAGGUGGACCGGGUGCGUCCUCAACGUCAUACGGAAAUUUCGAAGAACUGGGUCCCCUCGACACAAACUUGAAACCAAGAAAUUAUACUUGGGUCAAGGAUUACAAUGUUCUUUUCAUUGAUAAUCCUGUUGGAGCGGGUUUCAGUUAUGCUGAAACUGCAUCAGGAUUUGUGAAGACAAAUGCUGAGAUCGCGAGUGACCUUGUAGAGUGUAUGCGAGGAUUCUACAAGCAAUUACCGAAAUUUCAAAAUGUCCCGACGUAUAUUACCACGGAAUCAUACGGUGGCAAAAUGGGUGCGGAGUUUGCACUUGUCUGGGAUCGAGAACAGAAAGCUGGCACCAUCAAGAGCAAUCUAAAAGGAGUCGCACUCGGAGAUGCUUGGAUUUCUCCUAUCGAUUCUGUACUGACGUGGGCACCAUUUUUACUCAGCACGGGUAUGGUUGACACGGAAGGUUUUAAAAAAAUCGAUGCCGCUGCUCAAAAGACAAAGAACCAAAUCGAUUCUGGCGAAUGGAAAGUGGCGACUGAAUAUUGGGCUCAAACCCAAAGCGUCGUUUUUAAAGAGACUUGUAACAUCGACUUCUACAAUAUCCUUACGAAAAUAAGAUGUCAAGAUUCAACAUUAUAUAAUGUAUUGGAUGAUGUACAGUCCUUUGACGAAGACACCAUAUAUCGAAAUUUCAUCCAACCUCAAGUUAGUUCAAGUAUGUCGCUUGAAGAUUUGAUGAAUGGUCCGGUGAAGAAAGCGCUCGGCCUUCAAAUCUAUCACGGCAACCAAUCGAGCACAGUUUUCGCUUACUUGAGAGAAGACUUUAUGAAGCCUGUCAUUCACACAGUGGAACUGUUACUUAAUGAAACCAAUUUGGAUGUAUUCGUAUAUACCGGGCAUAUGGACUUAAUUGUCGAUACACCGGGUACUCUUCUCUGGGUUGAAAAACUAAAAUGGAAAGGAGCCAACACCUGGAAAAACUCAGCUAGAUAUCCGCUCUUCGCUGAAGGCUUUGUCGAGGGUUAUUCCAAGGCUCAAGAUAACUUCAGAAUGUAUUGGGUCAACAGAGCCGGACAUAUGGUUCCAAGAGACAAUCCAGCAGCUAUGGAAAAAAUUUUACAGGACUUCACACGCAACGCGAAUAAACGAACGAAAGUAAAAGCUGACGUUUUCAGCUGAUUACAUAUGUAAAUCACUAUAUCGUAACGUUAUUUAGUUAAAAAAUAAUUUUUUAUAAACGUAGUAAUAACUUAAAUUAAUUAAAUGUAAAAACUACUUAUUAAAAAAUAAUUUAUACGUUAAAUUGAGAAACUGAAUUCAUAUGUUUAAUUAAAAAACAGAAUGUUUUAUAAUUUACUCAUAUUUGCAUUUCAAUGGAAUGGACGUCUAAUUCAUCUGUAUUAAUUUAUUGUGCAACCUUUUGAAAUUAAAAGGAUUCAGUACUUAC